GGCAAUCUUGGUAAUGCUUAUUACCAACUGGGUGAUUUAAAAAAAUCCAUAGAGUACCACAACCUUGAUCUUAAAUUAGCUAAAGAGGUAGGAGAUAAGCAUAGGGAGGGUGGUGCUUAUGGCAAUCUUGGCAAUGCUUAUUGCAGUCUGGCUGAUUUCAAAAAAGCCACAGAGUACUACAACCUACAUCUUCAAAUAGCUAAAGAAGAAGGAGACGAGCGUGGGAAGGGUCAUGCUUAUUGCAAUCUUGGCAAUGCUUAUGGGAGUCUGGGUGAUUUUAAAAAAGCCAUAGAGUACCAGAACCUACAUCUUCAAAUAGCUAAAAAAGUAGGAGACAAGCAUGGGGAGGGCGACGCAUACAACAAUCUUGGGGUUGCGUAUCGGAGUCUGGGUGAUUUUAAAAAAGCAAUGUAUUACCUCAACCUAGCUCUUAAAAUAGUGAAAAAAAUAGGAGACAAGUAUAGGGAGGGUAAACUUUAUGGUAACCUGGGCAUUACUCAUCGGAGUCUGGGUGAUUUCAAAAAAGCCAUAGAGUACAUUAACCUAUAUCUUAAAGUAGCUAAAAAGUAGGAGACAAGCAUGGGAGGGUGUUGCUUAUGGCAGUCUUGGCAAUGCUUAUAAAUGUCUGGGUGAUUACAAAAAAGCCAUAGAGUACCACAACCUACAUCUUCAAAUAACUAAAGAAGUAGGUGACAAGCAUGGGGAGGGUGGUGCUAAUAGCAAUCUUGGUAGUGAUUAUUGUUGUCUGUGUGAUUUUAAAAAAGCUAUAGAGUACGACAUCCUACAUCUUAAAACAGUUAAAGAAGUAGGAGACAAGUAUGGGGAGGGUUUAGGUUAUUGUAAUCUUGGCAAUGCUUAUUACCGUCUAGGUGAUUUCAAAAAAGCCAUAGAGUACCACAACCUAAAUCUUAAAAUAGCCAAGGAAGUAGGAGACAAGCGUGGGGAGGGUGUUGCUAAUGGCAAUCUUGGAAAUGCUUAUCUAACUCUGGGAGAUUUGAUAAAGGCCAACAAUUUAUACAACGUAGCGCUCAAAAUUGCCAAAGAGGUGGAAGACAAAUCCUUAGAGGCUAUGGCCUACUAUCCAUUAGGAUGUGUUUUUGAGUUGCAGGGUGGACUGCCAAAAGCCGUUGAACAUUACCAAACUAGUAUAGACUUAAGCAAUUCCUUGAGAAUACUUCUAAAAUCUAAAGAUGAAUGGAAAGUUAAUUUUCGAGAUCAGUAUCAAGACGCGUAUACGGGUGUGAGUAGAGUUCUCGAAGAACAAGGUAAUAUCGUUGAAGCCCUAUUUGCUGCUGAGAAAGGACGAGCUCAAGCUCUCACCGACCUCAUGGAAUCCAGUUUUCGUGGUGGAACAAGUCAGCACAAGAGAGGCGAUGAAAUUUUAGCAGUUUUAAAGAAAGUUUCAUCAGACACCGUUGUAACGAUAGGAUUUUUAGUUAUCGAGUUCUUUCAUGCUUGCGCUUCAAAAAUACAAUAUUCAACGUAGAAAGCUUAGAUCAGCAAAGCGUAAACGCUACCAGUUCUCCUUCAGUCACCCGUAAACAGUUGUUAUUAGUGUUAAACUGUAACAGCCACCUGUCAUGUCCUUUUGUGUAACUGUUAUCCACCGGAACUCUUUAAAAGUAAUUAAUAUUGUAAAAGGCGAAAUUCCUACUAAGCCAAUAGUUUAGUAGAUUACAUGAUCCUUUAGAUUAUUCAUGACAUUACGUUAUCCAUGUACGUUAGGUUUAAAUAGGACUGUCCUGUAAAGCUUAGGAGUUGGGUGAGAAAGUUAGAAGAGAACGGGGUCGAACCCGCCCUGGCCAGGUCCGUUCUGGUCAAAAUUGUAGUCGAGUUUGCGGAAUAAAUCUACGUUGGAGCCAACCCUGUUGUCGUUAGUCAUUCUCUCAAGGAUAGUCAGCAACCGUAAUAGAUUCCGGUUACCUCCCCGCAGCCAGCGAGUGCCCCAAGGAGAGCCUUUACCCACAAGAGUUUUAAGAGUUAUCCCCGUCCGUCCGUUCAUUUGUGAAGGCAAAACCCUGUUUUCACACUGGUAGAGGAGAGCGGCAAAUUACGGAAAGACUAUCAGAGAGAAGUGCUUCACGAAGAGUUGGUUUGACCCCUGGAGCGAACAAGAAAGAAGACGCCCAAGUAAGUGGAAUUACAUAGCAAAACGAAAAGAGAAAAAAAAAAACACAACAAAAACGAAACGAGAGAGAGACCGUUACCCAUUUCAUGUCGAGGUUUUUCAGAAAGAAGACCAACCCAUAUAAUUUGAGAAGUAAAGGAAAAUUACGUGGGAAAAACACACCACCUACGAGAGUGGACGCCUGUGUUGAGACCGAUUUGCCAUUCGACGAAAGUGACAUAGCCCCGGAAGUAAGACAGGGACCGACCGCCGAAAAAGACACUGAUUCUGAGCCAUUAGAAAACCAUCAAAGAGACUCUGACAAGUUUAACAAGACCAACUUGGAACUUGUAGAUAUCAGCGAAGUUUCUACUAGCGAAGACAGUUCUGACAGUUUGGCGCCACCGUGCCCUGGUAAUACCCAGGAUACUGAGGAAAUAAACACUUUAACAGAAGAAAUAGACAUUUUCCAGGAAGAGGAAAAUUUUACAGAUACCGCCCUUGCGACAGGUGGACAACAGGUACCAGAGAGUACAUUACACCUCGUUGAUCAUACGUCAUUCACGCCACCUGGUACAACUUUCGUAGCGAAUAACAGUACAUCUUCUGGUGGACAACAGUUGCCAAUUAUUACUUCACCUGGCGACAUUUACGAACAUUUCCAGCGUGGUAGUUACGAGGGAGGAUCACUCUGUGACGACUCUCCCAACGCUGAUUCGAGUCCCUUACUCGUAAACCUUACUGACGCUGAUACCAGUUCGAUUACCUCUAGCAGCGCUGAUAGCUCAAUUUCAACUACCAUGGAGGGAGAAUACAUCCGUGCCCUUCAGGAACUCACUCAGAAAUUAUUGAGUAAGGAUGUUCACAUUAAUAAAUAUCACGGAUAUGAAAACGAGGACAUAAACCGCUGGUUUGAGAAACUAGAGUUGGUUUUGGAGUCUAAGGGAAUUCCACUGGAUGUUCCAGCCGCUAGAACACAGCUCAUUAAUAACCUCGCUGGGCCAGCAGAAACAUUCAUGUUUGAAUUACCGCCUGAGGAGCGAGGAAGCUUUAUGCUUUUAAAACAGGCCCUGGUGAAACGUUAUUCGACUAAGGACCGUGCUUGGGUUAAGCGACGGAGGCUAGUUGCUCGCCGUCAAGGCCCCACGAAUUAUUGUCAGACUAUAUCAAUGACAUGCACGAACUAUUUAGCGGGCUAAACAUGGCCGAGGUAGACAAAGUCACAUAUUUUACUGAGGGUCUAACCCAACCACUGAAAAUCAAAGUGCUCGAGCGAAUGCCAGAAACGCUUUUACAAGCAGAGGAAGUGGCUAGGACCGUUAAUUCGAUAUCUCAACGUGAGAAUACCACUAAAGAGGGUGACCAGAUCGAGCGAUUGAUCGAGGCGCUCAACCGUAGCCAGCAGGUACCAGCUCAAGUACCAUCUAAUAGUGCUCGUAAUACCCUUCAGCCUCAACUUAUUCAAGCUCAUCUUGAGAAAUUGACUCAAGGACUAGACGGCCUGACACCUAUAACCACACACAAGGUUGCUGCGUGUUCAGAGCCCCGAGGAAACUAUGAACGAAAACUGGACGAGCUUACGAACCUUAUGCAGCGUAUGGAGGGUCAGUUACAAGACCAAAUUAAAAACCUAGAUCGACGAUUUGACGCACGCAUAAAUGGUCUAGCACAACGCAGACAAGGUACUCGGGGUAACCGAGAAAGAUCAAGAGAUGGUAGACCAGUAUGUUAUCGCUGCGGAAUGAUGGGACACUUUCAGAACAGUUGCCCCCAAAGAGAUACUGACCAGCGUCAACUGGUACCCAGGUACCCAAACACCGCUCCUAACAACAAUGUGCGUUAUUCCGCUGGUCCACAGUCACGCUUGAGAGCGCUGCCUUCGGCGCAGAGUCAGAACCGUGUUGCUGUUCUGGGUAAUGACGGUGUUGCUCCUUCGGGACAUUACAUGAUAGAUGCCACACCAAGCAGAGCUCCGAAUCUGCACACCGAAGAGCCCUUUUACCAUGAGCCUUAUAAUGGAAUGAGUUAUAACUAUGGUUACUAUGCUGACGAUCUAGAAAAUGAUGAAGUGGAUGAAUGGGAUUAUGAUGAUGAACAUUACAACGUCGAUCUAGCUUACGAUGGAGUAGGUGACUUUGAUACAGCACCAUAUGCCGAAGACACGAUGCCACCCUCCAGUAUCUCGUCCAUACGGAGAGAGUCCCCCUAUACCUCAGCAACUCACCAGUUUCAGCCAUACUUCGCCCAGUUUGCGCAACGAGGGCCCCAGUCACUGCCAAGAGAGGAAAUCGCUGGCCACCUAGACUCAGAUCCUCUCAAGUCAUCUCCUGUAACUGCCACUAGCUUCCAGUUAGAGAAGGAAUGUAAAUUAGAAAAUGGGCUUCCAAAGGAAGAUUUCACGCCACCUCCCGAAUCGGAAACUGCGCGCCAGUUGGCCGACCGUUUGGAGCCACCCAGAAGUGUGCAAGAAGGCCCACGCCCUAGAGAUAUCUUGUCACAGACGACAGAAAUGCCAUUACAGAAUUUUCCAGCCUCUAGUGAUGUCCCUGCAGAAAAUCCAGAUGCUGCAGAAAAUGUGUAUGAAGAGACUCGCCCAGAUCAUCGAAAAAUGACUGAAGGCAAGGGCACAUCAAGCAUUGAUGUCAAAAAGGAGGUACCAUCGACUACGAAUCGCCAUAUCGCCAGUGGCACGAAGCUAGUGCCGGCCUGUCAACCAGCUAUAGGGACUACACCAGAGUACCAGUCCCUUCCUACUAUCCCUGGCAGUGGUGACAUUACGAGCACACCCCAGAAGAAAUUGGCUGCCAACUCCACCCAGAGGGACAAACCUGGAGAACUUAUGGUCGAGGUGGGCAUUAAUGGUAAAACUAUGCGUUGUCUAGUGGAUACUGGAGCAGCCAUAUCUGUGUUAGAUGCAAAGCACCUCGCAGACUUAUAUGACGGGAAAAUACCACCCCUUAAGCCAAGCGCCAUGGACUCAAUUCGAACUGUUAGUGGUCAGCCUAUGCCUAUUCGGGGAGUCCUACAGACUGACAUCGAAAUUGCUGGUGGUCAAUAUCCUUGUGACUUCAAAGUGAUAGACGGAUUGGACUACAGAGGAGUCCUUGGCCGAGAUUUCUGCUAUGCCCAACAGGCACAAAUCAGUUUUGAAACUCUAACAAUUGCCUUGAAGAAUCCCCCGACAGUACUCUUUUCGGACGCUUUAGUGGCAGUGGUAGCACCAUCAACGUACGUUAUUCCGCCCAGAAGUGAAGUAGUGUUUCCAGCUAGUAUACUCGUAAAGACCGCACCUGGUGUUACCGGUCUCGUAGAAUCCUCUCCACAAAUGGCAGAGCGUUAUCAGCUACAGGGAGCAGCUGCUUUGGUAAAGAUUGCAGAUGAUCACACGGUGCCGUUCCGUCUCAUUAACCCGACAAGUCAACCAGUCACUCUGCAAAAGGUGCUACCUUGGGCACUUUUUCCGAAGCCUACGGAGAUUCCGGAGUACUCCCUUUUAAAGAAUCUGCUACGGAUCCACAGAAUCCAGGAACAUUGGACUCAGUCCCGGUUGAUCUGGAUAAUUCUGCACUGUCGUCCGUGGAACAGUCGCGUCUGCGAGAGCUCCUCCAAGACUACCGAGAUAUUUUUGCAAUACACCCCGACGAGCUUGGCCGCACGAACAUCGUCCAGCACCAUAUUGAGACAGGUGACCACCCGCCUAUACGAUCACGCCCUUACCGGGUGCCCUAUGCUCAGAAAGAGACAAUAGAGAAACACAUUGAGGACAUGCUUCACCGUAACGUCAUCCAACCGUCUGUAUCUCCAUGGGCCAGUCCAGUUGUCCUCGUGCCUAAAUCUGAUGGUUCUUCCAGAUUUUGUGUGGAUUUCCGUAAGGUUAACAAGAUAACCAAAAAGGAUUCUUAUCCUCUACCGUUGAUAUCCGAAAGCCUUGACGCCUUAGGAGGAGCCAAGUUCUUUUCGAGUCUUGACUUGAUUUCGGGAUACUGGCAGGUUGAAAUGGACCCCGCUUCUCGUGAGAAGACUGCUUUCGUCACGCAUGCAGGACUGUACGAAUAUACCACAAUGCCUUUUGGGCUCUGCAAUGCCCCUGGAACCUUCCAGCGAUUAAUGGAAUGUGUUCUACGCGGACUCAACUGGCAGAUUGCACUCAUCUAUCUUGAUGAUGUAUUGGUAUACUCUCAAAACUUCGAGGACCAUCUACACCAUCUACGCUUGGUCUUCGACAGAUUCCGCGAGGCUGGCCUCAAACUCAAGCCGAGUAAGUGCCAUUUUGGGCAAAAGGAGGUAAACUACCUGGGUCACGUGAUCACUACCGAGGGAAUACAACCAGAUCCCAAGAAAGUCAAGGUCGUUCAGGAAUAUCCUGCCCCAACGUCCGCCAAAGAGGUACGAGCGUUUAUGGGCCUGACAAAUUAUUAUCGUAAGUUUGUCAAGGGGUUCGCUCAGGUUGCCAGUCCGUUACAUGACUUGACAAAGAAGGGUGCGUCGUUCCUCUGGACUGAGGAUUGUCAAAAGGCUUUUGACACGUUAAAGAAGGCCCUCACUGAAGCUCCAAUACUUGCCUAUCCUGACUUCACGCAGUCUUUUCAGCUGGCCACCGAUGCAAGCAAUGAUGCCAUAGGCAUGGUACUUGGCCAAAAGCAGAACGGAAGAGAAGUCGUCAUAGCUUACGCCGGAAGGAAGUUGAAUCCCGCCGAACGAAACUACAGCGUCACGGAACGUGAAGCCCUGGCAGUUGUUGAAGGGGUUAAACAAUUCCAACAUUACGUGUAUGGACGGCAGUUUACAGUACUAACUGACCACAGCGCUGUCCGUUGGUUGAUGAACAUCAAGGAACCUACCGGUCGUCUGGCACGUUGGGCCCUUCUCCUGCAGCAACACGACUUCACUAUCCAGCAUCGCUCUGGGCCGACCAACGGUAACGCUGACGCCCUUUCUCGUCGACCCUACGAAUCAGUCGUUGCCGCCCUCGAUCAGCCCGGUGUACAGGUUGACCGCGUAAGAGACGCUCAACGUCGAGACCACACCUUGGCUGACAUCAUUAGCUACUUAGAGGAAGAGAGUCUGCCCAAUAACAGUACUGCAGCAAAAGCCGUCUUGCAUUCCAUUGACAACUAUUAUUUGGACCCUGAUGGACUCCUCUGUCACAUUUGGGUACCGGGAGGUCGACGUGUCCCCGGGAUUCGCUCUCAGCUGGUCAUACCUACUUCGCUAAGGCAGGAAAUUUUGAUUGGAGGUCACGACGAUCCCUUGGCAGGUCACUUAGGAGUGAACAAGACUUAUGAGAAACUCCGUGAACGUUACUACUGGCCUAAAAUGUUUGCAGACGUACAAUUUUGGUGUCUUUCUUGUACACAUUGCCAGAUGAAGAAAAGCCCUAAACAGCGACAGACAGCCCCCAUCUUACCGAUACCAGUAGAAGGUGCUUUUGAUCGGGUAGCUGUUGAUUGCCUUGGCCCCUUUCCUGUGAGUGACUCUGGAAAUCGCUACAUUGUCGUGUUUUCUGAUUAUCUGACCCGUUACCCAGAAGCCUUUGCUGUACCCACGAUUGAUGCCCCGACAAUCGCAGACUUGUUGGUCAAUGAAAUUCUACCCCGUCAUGGUGCCCCUCGUACAUUGCUCUCAGACAGAGGGUCUAAUUUUCUCUCCCGCUUGGUAAAGGAGGUUUGCUUCCUCAUGGAUACAAAGAAAACGUUUACAACAAGCUAUCAUCCUCAAUGCGACGGCCUUGUCGAACGAUUCAACGGAACUUUAGCACAGAGCUUAUCACACUACGUCAAUUCUUCUCAGAAAGAUUGGGACCGCUAUUUAAACCCAGUACUUUUCGGCUAUCGUGUCUCACCGUCGGAAGUAACUGGUGAAUCGCCCUUUUUCCUACUCUAUGGAAGACAACCUAGACUCCCUAUGGAUGUUUCCAUGCUUCCGCCUCGAGAAGUCUCUGCUUCAAUUGCGGAACAUCGCGCACGAGUAGUAGAAAACAUCGAGAUUGCACAUCGCAUUGCAAAAGAGAAUAUACAGCGCGCUCAGCAGCGCAUGAAAGAUUAUCAUGAUGUUCACGCCGUUCCUAUCAGGCAUCAAGUUGGUGACAGUGUCUGGGUUUACACGCCGCGCAAUCGGAAGGGGUUAUCUAAGAAAUUAGCCCAUAAUUGGCAUGGACCUUACAAGAUUGUUGAAUUCUUGUCCCCAGUUCAUUGUAUCUUACGGGCCACCGACAACCGCCGUGUCUCCACUACCGUCCACGUUUCUCGUCUCAAGCGUUACGUUUCACCGGAUUCGCGCCCUAUUCGCCAACCACCAGAGCUUGUUGAAGAAUCUUAUUUGGCUGAGAAUGAUUUACCGUCGGACAGCUUUGUAACGGACAACAAUGAAGUGCUUCUUGAAUUUCCCACCCCUGACCAAGAGGUUAACACUGGACAACCAGCACCGGACACCGACGAAUGUGCGACUGGCUCCUCUCCUAUUGUUCAGGAAACUCGUCCCCAGGCUGCUCCUCUCACUCGUUCGCAAACCUCUGAAACCAGGAGCCCCAUUCCCUCGGUGUUACAAGCUCAGGAGGACGAUUCUCCACGCUUAUCCAGCGACCCUACCCCAGUUCCAGACAACGUCUACCAAGUUGAGAAGCUGCUCAAACAAAGGAUGACAGAUGGAGAACACCAGUUCUUGAUUAAAUGGCUAGGGUUUCCGUCGAGUCAAAACUCUUGGGAACCGGCUGACAACAUUCUGGACAAGCGCUUGAUCGCGACCUUCUACAAGAACCAUCCGCGUGCUAAUCGCCUCCAGGAUUCAAACUUUCAUGCACGAAUAGCACCUUUGAAUAUGGUGGACGCCCCGACUGACACCCCUAUAAUUGCAGCUUUGUCUGUUCAACCGAAAGCUGUGAUUACCUUUCCGUAAUUGCUUGUUGCUUAAUUUGAACCCCCGAGGCCAUUAUAUUUCGGCUUGUUCGGUUUAUGCCGCGGUUCAGGCACAAAACAAAAUCAAAUACAAAAUUCAUAAAACAAACAAACAAACAAAAACACCCCUAUAGUUUUACUUCGCUGCGUUUUUUUUCGUUUCUUGUAUUUAUUAUGCCUUCUCCUUUUUCGCUCGACCAGGAGGUCUCGAUUUAAGGUGGGAGGAAUGUAACGAUAGGAUUUUUAGUUAUCGAGUUCUUUCAUGCUUACGCUUCAAAAAUACAAUAUUCAACGUAGAAAGCUUAGAUCAGCAAAGCGUAAACGCUACCAGUUCUCCUUCAGUCACCCGUAAACAGUUGUUAUUAGUGUUAAACUGUAACAGCCACCUGUCAUGUCCUUUUGUGUAACUGUUAUCCACCGGAACUCUUUGAAGUAAUUAAUAUUGUAAAAGACGAAAUUCCUACUUAGCCAAUAGUGUAAUAGAUUACAUGAUCCUUUAGAUUAUUCAUGACAUUAAGUUAUCCAUGUACGUUAGGCUUAAAUAGGACUGUUCUGUAAAGCUUAGGAGUUGGGUGAGAAAGUUAGGGAGUAGAACGGGGUCGAACCAGCCCUGGCCAGGUCCGUUCUGGUCAAAAUUGUAGUCGAGCUUGCGGAAUAAAUCUACGUUGGAGCCAACCCUGUUGUCGUUAGUCAUUCUCUCAAGGAUAGUCAGCAACCGUAAUAGAUUCCGGUUACCUCCCCGCAGCCAGCGAGUGCCCCCAAGCAGAGCCUUUACCCACAAGAGUUUUAAGAGUUAUCCCCGUCCGUCCGUUCAUUUGUGAAGGCAAAACCCUGUUUUCACACCGUCUUUUAGGCAGUGGACAAAGCUGACAUCAAUCUUUGGGUUGUGUCUGAAGGAAAACAAGUUCAUUUAAGACAAAGUAAAUUCAAUGGUUCUGUUUCGGAGAAUGGUGGAGCCAGCCAGUACUUUGAGUCGUUCAUGCUCGGUAUUUAUACACAACUUGGUGUUCGUUCUAAUGUGAGAUGCGAGAAUCGAUCUUUGGAUGCUUUGAGUGAGAGCCGUUCGAAAGUGGAUGACAAAACUAAAGAAGAAAACCCUCAACCUCCCAUCCAACAAAACAAAUGCUUGAGCACUUUGUAUGAUACCGUCAUGAAGCCGGUGGCUGACCUGCUGAUAGGGGAUGAGCUACUUAUUAUUCCCGAUGGACCCCUAUGGCUCGCUUCUUACGCUGCAUUGAAGGAUGAUAAUUCUAAAUACCUGUGUGAAUCGUUCAGAAUCCGACUCGCUCCAUCGUUAACAAGUCUUAGACUCAUUGCCGAUUGCCCAGAUGAUUAUCACAAAAGCAGUGGUGCGUUACUCGUUGGAAAUCCGUGUUUAGCCGAGGUUACUAAUAGCAAGGGAGAAAUACUCCUCGAGCAGCUUCCGUUUUCUGAAGAAGAAGUAGAAAUGAUCGGAAAAAUUCUGAAUAUCACCCCAAUCACUGGCAGACAGGCCACGAAACGUGAGGUGUUGAAAAGAAUCAGUUCCGUGUCCUUAGUUCACUUUGCGGCACACGGAUGCAUGUAA